GGAUUUAACAUAGGUGUAGCAAACAAGAUCUUCCUUGAAUUUCCUUAUAGAUGGUGGCCUCAACAUUCUGGUGGCUUAUGCUUUAUGUGGUCCCAAGCAGAAAAGAAGAAAUUUAAAGAAACACAUACAAAAGAUCAACAUUGGCUAUGUGAUGUAUUUAAAUUCUUCACUGUUGAUAAUCAACCACGUUUAUUAAAUGGUUGGGUUGUGGGACCUAAUGCAAAAUAUAUAGAAGGAUUAUCUGAUGAAAAAGUAUUAAACGAUUUAUACUUUUUAUUGCAAAAAUUUUUAAGCCAUAUUUAUGAUAUUCCAAAACCAAACGCCAUAAUAAGAUCGAAAUGGUACAGUGACAAACAUACAAGAGGAUCUUACAGCAACCAAACUUUGGAAACUGAAAGAUUAAAUGUUAGAACUAAGGAUUUAUAUGACCCAAUAAAGGGAUCUACUGAAAAACCGCUUAUUUUGUUUGCUGGAGAAGCCACGCAUGAACAUUACUAUUCAACUGUGCAUGGUGCAAUUGAAACUGGAUUUAGAGAAGCUGACCGAAUAAUUGAUUAUUAUAGGUGUAUCAAGCCACGUCUUUAAAAGUUAUGAGACCCAAAAAUAUGAAAAAUAUUAAAUCAUGUUUGCUGUGAAGAUUUUGUGCUAAAUAACAAGUGAGGCUUAAGAAGAAUAUUUGAAAAUUUUUUCAUCUUUCUAAUCUAUCAAUAUAAGUGUUUAAUUCUACGAAUAACAUUCAAAACGGACAUAUAUCUACAUAUAUACAUAUACAUGUGCUGAUCUUAUUUUUAUACAUAUAUACUAUAUAUAGGAAUAUGUAUAUAGAUAUAAGAUCUAGAUAUAUACAUAUAUACAUCAUGCGCACUGUAAUGCACUGUAUAUAUGUUAAACAUAACCUCAAGAAAACACGCAAAAUAUAAAGAGACACGCGCUGCAGCGCAAUUCGAAUUGUACACAAUGUAGGCUUUUCAACGUUUAUUAGUUUAGAAUUUCAAUCUAAAAAAAAUCAGUAAACGGCGAAAAAAUAUUAAUGCUUGUGUUUGGCAUAUAAUCAUAUAAGUAGACGUUCUGUAAAAUGGAAAAUGCAACAAGUAAUGGCAUGUGCAGUGACAAUCAAGAUCCUGAUUACCAGCUAUUUAAUUCCCGUGAAAGUCAUCAGAAUAUAUUUGAGAAAAAUGCACGAUCUACUGCAGCUAAGAAAAUAUCCAAAAUUAUUGAGGCUGAGUUUAUGAAAGAAAUCAACAACAAAAAAGAUGAAAUUCAUAAAAUUUUCAAAGAGCUGUCAAAGGCUUGCAAGACGUUAAAUUAUUUACGAUAUGCAAUAGUCACAGACUUUUAUAAUCAAGAGAAUACAUUGAUUGAUCCACAAACAUCAAAACAAUCACGCCUGCAUCCUACUGUUAAUGCUCCUACAAAAAGUGUACCAGUUGUUGACAUCAAUUUUGCAAAUAAUUGCUUACAAGAAUUGGAGCAGGAAAAUAAAAGGAAAAGAAAAAUUAAAACAGAAGCUGAGGAGUGUAAGAAGAAAUGUUUACAAUCUGUUGAUAGGAAAAUCGAAGCAAGCAAAUCCAAUACUACCAUAACGGCACCUACGACAUAUGCGAAUUACAAGACAAAACAGAGAAUAAUUGUUGGAAAUAUUUCAAAAUGGAUCCCACCUGAUUUAAGAGGAAAUAAUGCAAGUCACAAAUGGACUGUUUAUAUUAGGGAUAGUGAAAAAAGUGAUUUAGGUCAAAUUAUAUCAAAAGUUCGUUUCUUUCUUCAUCCCAGUUAUAAACCUAACGAUGUUGUGGAAUUGAUAUCACCUCCAUUUCACUUAGCUAGACUUGGAUGGGGUGAAUUUCCAAUAAGAGUUCAAUUACAUUUUUCCAAUGGUAUUGAUAAGCCAGUUGAUAUCAUUCAUCACCUAAAAUUAGAUAGAACAUUCACUGGUUUGCAAACUAUUGGGUCAGAAACAGUGGCUGAUAUAUGGAUUAGUAUGAAGGAUACCUCUGUUAUAUCAAUUCAAAAAGAGGCAAAGAAACAGAAUAUUGUCUUGAAUAAUAUCAAAGAAGAAAAAUCUUCAGAUAAACAAGAAGAACCAAAAACAACACCCAAAAAUAAGACUAGUUAUCAAAGUAAAAAAUUCUAUACAGACCAUGAUUAUAUAGUUACAAAUGUAAAGUAUGAUCCAGAACCAUCUUGUCAUUCACAGAAAGCACAAGUAUUUCAAAAUCAUAUAGUUCAUAAUCCUCAGAAUAGUAUUAUUGGAACAGAAACAUGUUCAUCACAUGAUUUUAAGAAAAUAAACUUAGGACAAAAUCUGAAAGAAAAUCCAAGAACAUUGCUGAAAAUAAAUCAUAAAAAAGUAUUACUAAAUAAUAAAACUGUUUAUAUAUCCACACACAGUGGAUUAGCAAAAGCAGAAUCAAAUGAAAAUUCAUCAAUAAACGAUAAACAUAUGCUCGAUUACUUAAAUAAUGAGUCUGUUUUGUCAAAGUUGUCAGAUAUUGAUGAAAAAAGAAUGUACCUCAAAAUAUCCAAUCAUAUUACUAGCGAAGAAAAUGCAAGAUCAUUGGAAAACUUAAUAAAUCAUGCAAAACCAAGCAGUUUGGAUAAUAUGCUGAAAUUUGUAUGCCGAAGAAUGCCUCUUAUUACAGAAAAAUCUACAGAUCCACACUAUAAAAUAUUAUAUCCUUACGCUAGUGAAAGUUAUGAAAUAUUUAGUAAUUGCUCAAGUGCAAAACAAAGAUCUUUAGAGAGAUAUCGUGCUAUGUCUGCUCUUGAAAUUAUGAACAAUACAAAGUGUUAUAAUUAUCCUUGUACAGUUAAAGAAUUUAUAACAUGGGCUAGAAGAUACUGUUACACUCCAUAUUUAGAUUUCAAAAAUAUUCACAAAAUGUGCACAUCAACUCAAACAGUAAAACUGACAGAUAAUGAAGAAAAGUACAGGUACUCCUCAACAGUUUCAGACGAAAUAAAAAAUUGGUUAACUGAGUGCCAAAAUGUAAGUCCAAGCAUUAAAAAUCAUGACAAAAAAGAUGACGAUCAGAUAGACAUUGUAAAUAUUUCAUCAAGUACAUCUAAUACUUUGUCAAUGAAACAAAAUUCAAAUGUAAAAAAUAAUCCAUUAACCUUCGUAGAUUAUCCUGAAAACAAAAAUAGUCUAAACGAAUUUGUCUGUAGAACAGCGCAAAAAAUAGGAAUAAAAUUAACAAAUGAGGAAAUUGUACCAGGUGUUCUGCACUCUUCAGCUAGUGUCCUCAUAACCAAAGCUGUUGAGUGUUUGAUAGAUGAAUUAGCCAGAGUAGCUUUUGCGUGUUCUUUGGAUAAAUGCAAGACAGAAGAUGCUAUUUCGAUUGAAUCUGACGACGUUCGUAUGGCUUUGUUGAAGAAAGAAGAAUUUCAAAUUUUUACAAAUGCAGGACUAGGAUCAGAUGGAUAACUAAAUUUUAGUUAAGGGUAUUUUUAUAAUUUUGAUAAAAACAUGCACAAAUUGUAAAAUUUUAAAUAUGUACAUACAUAGACAGAUUUUAAAUAGUUUUUAGUAUUUUUUUAAGAUUUUUAUUUCAGUGUUAUCAUAAAUGAAUACCAUUUGUAAUUUUUAAAUAAAUUACUAUUGUAUUUAUAUUUAUAAAGCUUUAAGAAAUUCAAUAAAAUUGUAAACGUUUUUGGAAGCUUCCAAAUAAAUAUUCUAAAUGAAAU